UGUAUUUUGAUCGUCGUCUAUACGCAUUUUAUUUUAUACACAGGUAGCAGUCGUUCGUGUUUAUUUGCCGGAGGUAACGGAGACCACUCUUGCAUACCAAGGUCCUACACUUUCUAUUUAUCGUCACUCAGCGCAACAGACUUUCCUUGUCGAAUCAUGUUUGCGAUUAUUUCCAUCUGCUCGUGACGAUAAGUGUUCUAUAAAUCUAACAAUUUAACCGCAAAGAUUCCAACAAUAUUCGUUUCUUGAGGAAUAUGUCUCAGUAGCUCAAGCAGGAUGGGCGUAUUACUGCUACAUUCCGUCGUUCUACUUUUUGGAUUUUCAUUUGCGUCUCCAAUUGAACUAAAAGCGUAUAUAUCGGAGCAAGGACUUCACGGAACAAUCUCUUUCGUGCAGCAGAAACUCAACGAUAAAAUUGUGAUUAAAACAGACUUAAGUGCGACUCUCCAAUAUCCGAGCCAAGUAUGGUCGUGGUUUAUCACAGAAUUUCCCGUCGACUAUUCGAUUUCCGAUAAUGGCCGUUGCGGUCCUUCGAAAUUGGGGAAAUCCCUUAUUAGUCUUGAGAAUAAGCUCGGAUAUCUGAUAAUACCUGAUAAUCAAACAUCGGAAUUCGAAACAGAUUUAAAGCUGACAUCGGAUUCUAGCAUUUUCGGAAAGAGUUUACUUUUGAAAAAUGUGGAAACUCAACGUCAAAUUUGCGCAUCGCUCUCAUUUGUGGAUAAGUCUUCGGAGAAGACGGCAAUUGCUAGGUUUCAUACACCUGUUGCUGGAAAUGUUUUCUUCCGGUGGUUUUCCACUAAGGAUAACAGGAAAGAUCUGCAGAUCGUAACUGAUUUGUACCAUGUGCAUAAUGUUGAGAGAAUUAACAAGACGAUGCUGGAUCAUACUGAACACGUUUGGAAGCUUUACGUCACGGAUAUUCUGGAUGCUGAUAAUGAACGCGAGGAAGCGAAUUGUAAUAUAUUGCAAUUGGUCUUCGACCCUGAAAACAAAGGGGAUGGUAAAUCUAUUGGCGAUAUAGACACUCGUAUAGGCAAGAUCAAGAUCUCCACCGAUUACAAUAAGAGAAGAUUCAAGCAGUUAUUCAGAGACGAUAAAUUAGAUUUGUUACCAAGCGACUUGAACGGACCACAAAGAAGAUUGUUUUUAGUUAUAUUUGAGAAUAAACAUCCUGACAGUUUCUUGGCCUGCGCGAAAAUUCGCUACGAUCAUCCAAUAGUCACAAAGGUUUUGAUACAAUCUGGUGGGAUUAAUGGUGAUAUUGUGAUGAAGCAACACAAUAGAUUUGAACCGACGUUUUUAAACUUCAACAUAACAACGGCAAGAGGUGAUUUAGAAACAAGAGUGGUUUACGGAUCAUCGGUGGCUUCUUUUUGGAUCCACGAGCUUCCCAUGAGUCCGGCGAAAACUGUUGGUCAAACUGGAAAUCCGUGUUUAACAACUAAAUUCAUCUUCAAUCCACAUAAAAUAAAUAUAAACGAAGUACCACCGAACGGGUACGGAACUCAAGAUCAGUACGCCAUCGGAGAUCUUUCGGGAAAACUGCUGAGACGCAACAAUGAAUCGCAGUUGGUGCACGGAAGUCAAGAAUUGAUCGGCAAAUACUGGGAUGUUUUCUUGCCGCUCAUAGGCAAGGAUUCUGUGGUGCAUAGGUCUUUGGUUAUUUACAAAAACACCCAGUAUCCGGAUUCGGAUAUAACGUCGGAACCCUGGAUUUGCGGCUCGGUGUUGCGUUACGAAGAUAAUUUGAAGUAUCAGAAGCAGAUAUUCACAGCUCAAGUGAUAUUCCGGUAUCCUUUAGUAGGUAGAAUUCUGUUCAGGCAACCCAAGGGAGAGCCAUGGGUGGAUACGACAAUGCUCGUCGAGUAUUUAGUGCACGCGGAUGGAUCGACUUUGAAUAAUUCCAUGGAUCAUAGGUGGGCCAUACACGUUAAUCCUCCAGGAAAAGAUUUCUACAAUUGGACGGCCAGAUGCCUCAGCGCUGGACCCAUUUUUAAUCCUUACAAAGUAGAUUUUAAGAACGAGACGCCAUCCGAGGGUUGCAGCUUAGAUACAAUCGGUGUAUGUCGCAUGGGCGACUUAUCAACUCGUCAAGGAACUUUGGACAUUGCUGGUAAAAUUGUGGAUAGUGACAGAAUAACUAGGAAACUCAUUACCGAUCAAAAUUUACCGCUCACCGGUUUCAACAAGAUCAUCGGAAAAUCUUUUGUCAUGUACGACGAUUUUGGGCCUAAAGCACGAGGCGAGAGACUGGCUUGUUCCAUAAUUGGAGGUGUAUAUAGGCGGAAAGCUGUGGCCAAAGACUGGUUCGCCAAUGGUGAUAAUUUAACCGUCAGUGGUAAAUUGGAGUUUUAUCAACAGACCGAAUAUGAUAUUACCAACGUGGAAGUAGAAUUGGAUGGUUUACUUGAUAAUAGUGGAUAUCAUAUACAUGUGACACCAGUUGAAGAGAAUCUAGCGUUCCCAUGCGAAGGAUCAACGUUAUACGACCAUUGGAAUCCAUCGAAAGUUGAUCCGGCCACUUCACCUAGGCAUUACCAAGGAACUACAGAUCAAUAUGAGAUGGGCGAUUUGAGCGGAAAAUUUGGAACGCUAGAUAAUCAAACAAUGUACACCAAAGAUUACAACGAUACAAUUCUUCCGCUGUUUGGACCUCGUAGUAUUUUGGGACGUUCAGUUAUUAUCCAUAAAAGGGACAAAAAUAGGCGUUGGGCUUGUUCAACUAUAGAGAGAGGUUAUAGUCCUUCGGAAGCGCGAGAACUCAGAGCCAUAGCAUCGUUCCAUCAUCCCGAUGGAUUCGCUUAUGGUUACAUGAAGAUGACUCAAUUGGUUUAUAACGAUGGAAGUAUGAGCGAUACCAUCAUCGAGGUGAAACUUAGACAUCCUGGAAAGAAUGACCGUAAUAUGACGCGCGACCAUAAUUGGGCGAUUUUUGUGAAUCCCGUUGGAGUGGACGCUGCUGUUAAGACGCAAAACACAAGAUGCGUUGCUGGUGGUUACGUUUGGAACCCAUACUACACGCAACUUGCGGAUCCGUUAAACGAAGAUUUGUACCGACAAGAAUGUGGACCAGAAAAUCCUUUGAGAUGUCACGUAGGAGAUAUGUCUGGACGGCUUGGUACCAUCGAUAUAGGUUUGAAAAGGAAAGUCUUCACUGAUUCUAACUUCCCUCUGGAAGGUCCAGUCACAGCGAUGGGAAGGUCCAUUGUAAUUAUGAGCCCUAACAAACAACCACAAAGAUACGCAUGUGCCAACAUUGAAGCGGAUUACAAUAUAAUCAAAUACGCAAACAUAGAAAAGCCACCACGUUUUGUUCUAGCGCAAUUUAUUGAAGAUGUCCGUCGAGUGAUGGGAAUACCCGAGUGGAUGUUAACUGUGGAUACAAGAAAGACUCGCAUGUUGCACAGUUACUCGUGCGUCCAAUUCCUGAUGCACUUUAAGGGUCCGAUAGCCAGUCGAUUGGAGCAGGACUUUAAUAAGUUGUUGUCAACAGGACGAUUGGAAUCUCCAACCCUUUAUAUUCCGGGCUUCUACGAUGCUAAAAGAAAGUCGAAAAUUUCGUAUAAACUGUGCGGAGUUCGUGAUCCCAACGAAAAAAGCAAGAAGAAAAGCAGAUUCAGUUUCAGCUUGAACAAAGGUAUUCAACAAUCGGCUUCAAAUUAUAUGGUUUACCUGUUUGGAAUUAUUCUCUUUUGGUUAAUUAAUUAGAAACGAUAUAUUUUUUUG